AUGAGUGUCUCACAGUUGCUGAGAAAAUCAAAAAUUGCACAAGUAGUCAAUACAAAAAAUCCACUAUAUGUCAGCAACAAAUUCCAUCCAACACAUCAAUUGAUCACUACUAAACGGACAAAUUUUAACCAAAUCAAUGACUGGGGUCUCAAAUCACCAAUUCCUUCAAGAGAUAACUCCCGCUAUUUAGUCUACAACGAUCUAGACACCUUGGAAAGAAUUGCAACUUAUGAAAAAAAUAAUGGCCAACAAUGGACAAGAAUCAGAUUCAAUGAAUUAAACCUCACUCCAACUUUCAACCCAGGUGUAGCCAACCCUUUGUUCAAAAGUAACUCAGUACAAACUGACAACUCCUCCCCAUUGUCCUCGGUUUUGAAUUUAAAUUCAAAUGCUAGCAGUAACAGCAAUCGUUUGAAAAUAGGAAAUAUUAAAAAUCUAAGGUCAGAUUUCAAAAAAUGGUUAUUGGACAAUGAUAUAGACUCCUUAAAACAUAACACUUUUAACGUCAAAUACAUGAAUCGUAGCGCCAUAAAUUAUUUAAAUGACAAGAGACUUAAUAAUCAUCAUGACACAAAUAGGAAAUUAAAUUUACCAACAAAUAAUAUGACUCAUGUUAUAGGUACCGGUGGUUUAUCUUAUAACUUACGUGGUAAGUUGCAAAACACUCCAAAUGGUAUUAAACAAAAAACCAUCGUCCCAGGUAGAUAUCUGAACGUAGAUGGUAGUAAAUGGUUAACUGGUAUCGGUGGUAUGGUAGGUUUCGAAAAUUCUUCCUUCUCUCCAACUAGAUUAGACAGAAUGAACGCCGAAACAGCAAGGGAAAAGGCUUACCCAUUCGAAGUGCAACGUAUUUCCGUAGACCAUAAGGGAAACAUCAUGAUGAGAUCAAGAGUAGUAAAUGAUAAUUUAAAUUCAAAAUUCACUUAUGCCCGUGAAGAUUUCCAAAGACGUCCAAAAUCAUCAAGAAGAGCUGUAACAAAAGAAGAAUCAUCAUUAAAGGCUAAUGAAUUGUUGGGCAUAGUGCAAAGCUUCUAA